AUGAGUAAAAUACUGAUAUUCUCCUGUCUCAGCAUUAUUCUUCUGGGCUUCCUGCUAUGUGUCAAUGGAUAUAUAGUGCACACAGAAUUGGAGUCGAGUAUUGGUGAGAUGCCAAUACAAGAUGCUCCGCACGCAGUUCAUUUGAACAAGACAAAACGACAAUAUUGGUUUCCAUUCAAUGCGCCCUUGGAGGAUGCGGAAGAUGACUGUCCCGACACGGGAUCAUCAAUUGACGAUUUUCCCGAUGACCUCUUCACGCAGGACCAGCGAAGACAGGGCGCCAUUAUUCUGCACAUCUUUUGCGCCAUUUACUUCUUCACCAUCACCGCGAUGGUGAUCAAUGGAUAUUAUAUUCCAUGCAUCGAGUGUAUUUGCGAGGAUUUGAAGAUAUCACCGGACGUCGCGGCUGCGACUUUUAUGGCCACUGCCACGGCCAUGCCCGAGUUCUUCACCAACACCAUCUCCAUCUUCAUCGCGGAUUCCGAUAUGGGCAUCGGCACGGUCAUUGGGUCAAUGAUGUUCAACAUUCUGGGCGUGAGUGCCAUCGUGUGCCUGGCGGCGCGACAAACAUACCAAAUCGAGUGGUUCCCAGUGACCAGAGACUCACUCCUGUACCUGAUUCACGCCGCCUUCCUCACGGCCUUCGCCUGGGACAACAAGGUCAUGUGGUGGGGCACAAUAAUAAUGCUCAUCCUGGUCGUCAAUUACUACACUCUGAUGGUGUUCAAUCGCAUAAUCCAGGCAAAAAUCGUGUACCUCGUAGAGAACAAGUGUGUCUGCUGUCGCAUUAAGAAAUACGAGUUUGGAGACUCCAAUUCCACCACGGAGAUUGACGAUAAACCGCGCAAAUCCGAGAAAGUGGUGCACAUUUCCACGAUAUCCCCAACUGUUAUUGAGACUCCUGACCCACCAAAGCCCUCUUCCGUCGAACCGCCAACUGCGCCCCACACUCCGGUGCCAACGAGACCCUCCACCACAUCGAAUCCCAACCCAAAUCCCCGCACAUCCAUCCUGUCCAUCAUCCGGCGCAGCUCCGUGUCGCCGUCCGAGGACUCGCAGAUCAAUGAUGAAUUUCCACCACCUCAGCUGGAUCCCAGGCGACCGUCGCUCAUGCUUAAGCCGCCAAUUACGAAGCCCUUCGUGCUGUGGAACAUGCCGAAAUCGUCGGUGGGACGGCGCAUCUGGUGGCUCUACACCUGGCCCAUUAGGUUCGUCCUCACCUUCACCGUGCCGUCGCCCAAGCGGAUGCGCCGCCUCUACCCGCUCACGUUCAUCAUGUGCAUCAUCUGGAUCGGCAUCAACUCCUACAUGAUCUUUUGGAUGCUCACCGUCAUCGGCUACACCUUCUACAUCCCCGAGUCCGUCAUGGGCAUGACUUUCCUCUCCUUCGGCGGGUGCACACCCGAAGCCAUCACGGGAUUCAUUCUCACGCGCAAAGAGAUGGGCGGAAUGUCGAUUGCCAAUGCCAUCGGAUCGAGUUCAGUGGCCAUGCUGUUAUCACUGGGCUUGCCUUGGUUCAUCCGCACAAUGGUGGACGGCGCGGGAUACACCGAUGCACACAUUCAGCUCAAAUCUAGCGGAAUCCAAUAUAUAAUUGCCUCAAUGCUCGCCGUCAUCACCAUUUUCUACAUUAUAAUUUCUCUCUCCAAGUACAAGAUAAGAAGAUGGCUCGGCGUGCCGCUAUUUUUCAGCUACGCCAUCUUCAUCACUCUGGCCAUUCUCGUGGAAAUGGACGUCUUUAUUGGCGGCAUUCAGUGCUAA